AUGAUUGAUGUUGAUGUUGAUGAUGUUGAUGUUGAUGAUGUUGAUGAUGAUGAUGAUGUUGAUAUUGUUGAUGAUUUUGAUGAUGUUGAUUUUUAUGAUGACGAUGAUGGUAUUGUUGAUGAUGAUGAUAUUGAUGUUGAAGAUGAUGAUAUUGAUGAUGUUGAUGUUGUGUUUUAUGAAUAUGAUAUUGAAGUUAUUGAUGUUGAUGUUGAUGAUGUUGAUGUUGAUGUUGAUGAUGUUGAUGUUGAUGAUCAUGUGGAUGUUGAUGAUGAUGUUGAUGUUGAUGAUGAUGAUGUUGAUGUUGAUGAUGAUGUUGAUGUAUGA